AUGAAGCCUACCUCAUUCUUCCUGUUGACGGCCGGUGCUUCCGUGGUCACGGCCCUACCCAAGAAGCCUUGCCCGCCGCGUGAUGACACGCCCAAAUGCGAGAAGCCAGAAAAGAGACAGUCUUGGCACGACAUCACUAAUGAUGAGAGGAAGGCUUACACCGACGCCGCCGUCUGCCUUCUGACUUCUCCCCAAAAGCUUAACAAGCUUCCUGGUGCCCAGACCAGGUGGGAUGAAUUGGUUUCCCUUCACCAAAUUCAUGCUUUGCAGAUUCAUACGACCGGUCAGUUCCUGCCCUACCACAGGUACUACCUGAAGACGCUUGAGUUCCUCCUCCGGGAGUGUGGGUACAAGGGCGUACUCCCAUACUGGGAUGAAACCCGGGAUGCCGGAAGUUUCUCCAAGAGUGUCAUCUUCGACCCGGUCACCGGAUUCGGCGGAGGCGGCGCGGCGCAAGGCGGGUGUGUGCCCGACGGCCCCUUUGCCAAUUUGACCGUCAACAUCGGGCCGGGUUUCGGGUCCGAGCCCCGAUGCGUCAACCGUAAAUUCACGGACUUUUUCAGCGACCAAACCGGAGCGGACUACGUGGCUGCUGCCCUCAACAACACCGACUAUGCAGGCGUGCUUCCUGGUAUCUACGCUGGGCCGCAUCUUUACGGCCACAUGUCGCUGGCUAUGAUGGACGGCAACUCCAUCACCUCGUCUGGCGACCCGUUGUUCUUCAUGCACCACGGCUUCGUCGACAAGAUGUGGGCCCAGUGGCAAGCGGAGGACCCUGAGGCCCGCCUGAAGGAUAUCUCCGGGCUGAACGCCCAGGACCCUGAUGUUGGCUUUUCGGAAUUCCCUGGCGGCAUGGAAGAGGAAGCGAAGAUGUGGGGGCACCCCAGCGCAGAGCUCCUGGCCGUCACGCCAGACCCUCAGGCUGGUGACGGUGGCCCGAACAUCACGCUGAACCACAUCAUGUCUUCCCUGGGCAUCAUUCCUGACGCUACUGUGGCGGACGUCAUGAGCACGACGGGUGGUUAUCUUUGCUACGAAUAUGAAUAA